AAGGAAUAACGAUUGGAGAGGAAGCGUUUCAUUUCACCGGGAUGUCUGUAAAACACAUCUCGGCUCUGUUGCUGCUGCUACAGCUGAGUUACUUCUUCAGCUCUGGGAGUUGUGGGAAGGUGCUAGUGUGGCAUGUGGAGUACAGUCAUUGGCUCAAUAUAAAGACAAUCCUGGACACACUUGUCCAGCGAGGUCAUGAGGUAACUGUUCUGAGAUCUUCAGCUUCUAUUUUAAUUGAUCCCAACAAAGCAUCUGGAAUUAAAUUUGAAACUUUUCCUGCAUCUUUUGCUAAAGAGGAAAUGAAGGAUUUUUUCAUUUAUUGGAUCAAUAAUGCACUAUAUAAUAUGUCACUAGACUCAUAUUGGGAUCAUUUUUUCAUACUGAACAAAUUCUUUCCAAAAUAUUCUGAUGUCUAUGAAAAUAUCUGCAGAGACAUAAUUUUGAACAAGAAACUCAUGACGAAACUGCAGGGAUCGCAGUUCGAUGUUGUCCUUGCAGAUGCCAUCAUUCCUGGUGCUGAGCUGCUGGCUGAGCUGCUGAAAGUGCCCUUCGUCUACAGUCUCCGCUUCUUUCCAGGCUACACUAUGGAAAAGUACAGCGGAGGGCUGCACGUGCCUCCUUCCUACGUACCUAUUAUUCUGUCAGGUUUAACUGGUCAAAUGACAUUUAUGGAGAGAGUUCAAAAUAUGCUAUGCCUGCUUUAUUUUGACUUUUGGUUCCAAACUUUUAAUGAGAGGAGAUGGGAUAAGUUUUACAGUGAAGUACUAGGAAGACCUGCUAGAUUCUCUGAGCUAAUGGGGAAAGCUGAUAUGUGGCUCAUCCGAAGCUAUUGGGAUUUGGAGUUUCCCCGCCCACUCUUACCAAACUUUGAAUUUGUUGGAGGGUUCCAUUGCAAACCUGCCAAACCUCUUCCUAAGGAAAUGGAAGACUUUGUGCAAAGCUCUGGAGAAGAGGGAAUUGUGGUGUUUUCCCUGGGGUCUAUGGUCAGUAACAUGACAGAAGAAAGGGCGAAUAUGUUUGCAACUGCUUUUGCCCAGCUUCCACAAAAGGUUCUUUGGAGAUUUAAUGGGAAGAAACCAGAAACUUUAGGACCCAAUACUCGGCUGUAUAAGUGGAUCCCCCAGAAUGACCUUCUUGGUCAUCCAAAAACCAAGGCAUUUGUAACUCAUGGUGGAAGCAAUGGCAUUUAUGAGGCAAUUCACCAUGGCAUCCCUAUGGUGGGCAUUCCUUUGUUUGGGGAGCAACCUGAUAAUAUUGCCCACAUGACAGCCAAAGGAGCAGCUGUUAGAGUGGACUGGAAAACAAUGUCAAGUACAAAUUUGCUUAGUGCUUUAAAGGCAGUUAUUAACAAUCCUUUCUAUAAAGAGAAUGCUAUGAGAUUAUCAAGGAUUCACCACGAUCAGCCUGUGAAGCCCCUGGAUCGAGCAGUCUUCUGGAUCGAGUACAUCAUGCGCCACAAAGGAGCCAAACACCUUCGGGUUGCAGCCCACGACCUCACCUGGUUCCAGUACUACUCUCUGGAUGUCAUUGGGUUCCUGCUGGCUUGUAUCACAAUCAUUACUUUCCUUAUCCUAAAAUGUUUUUUGUUUGUUUGUCAAAAGUUUGUUGUGACAGGAAAUAAGAAUAAGAGAGACUAAGCCUCUUUCAGACCUAAUGCUAGCAAUAGUGAGAGCUGAGAGCAUUCUUUUUAUUUUAGCCACUAUGGAUCAAUGUCUGACAACAUUAUUCUACACAUUUUAUGAGACUUGCACUUCCUGAUUCAUCCAAAUGUUUUAUUCUUGAUUGGAUAUUUGAAUUCCUGAAAUCCAAAUAAAAUUCCACUACAUGCAUAUAUACAAAUAUAUGUAUAGAUGUCUGUAUGUAUAUAUUUCUGAAGAAAAUUAGGAAUCACUGGAAUUUCAGCCUGUUGUUUUCAGAACAGCUAAAAGCCUGAAGUGGGCACUUGCAUUUUCAGAAAUGUCAUCUACUUGAAUACAGCGCACACACAGAAUGUUUGUAUCCUUACCAAAGAAAACCAGAGGAAGAUGCUUGGUAAAGGUGAUAAGACAGAUUUUGUACAGACCUCUGUUGUUUGGGAGAGAGGCUCUAGCAUAAACUGAUCUUGACUUCAAAUAGGAAAAAAAGUUUCUGAGAUUUUAAAAAGACUGAGCAUUGAUUAGGUUAUUUUAUGAAAAUGCCAAAUGAAAGAAGAAUGAAGUAAAAAAUUAUUAAAAGUGAUUUUGCAAGAAGGAUUAGACAAUGGACAGUUUCCAGUUUGUCAGGAUUGCUUUACUUUAGCAACACCUAAGCGUGGACAACAGGUUCACCUUUAGGAAUAAAACUAAUAACCUAGUGAAGGUGGAAGACAGGCUAACCUUGGUGAAACCUCUUAGCACAUUGGUUAAGAGAGUCUUUCCUUUGAUAGGGAGUUUACAGUUCACAUUUCAUAUGAAAUACAAAGCAUGUUGUCAUAGGAAUUUUUAAAUUUUGAAAAAAAAUUGAGAUGGCCCUAACUUGCUUCCUACCUAAAUCUGGGCAAUCUAGUAAAAUAUUUGGUUAGGAAGAUGAGAUAUGUUUUCUGCAUGAAGCCUUUAAUAUACUUGAGAUACGAUGGCAGUAAGAGACUACUUCUGUUUAGUUAGUUUACGUGCUGCCGAAGUGCGCACAUACUUCUGUUUAGUUAGGACUGAAAAUUCAGGACCCACAAUUUCAGUCUAGGCCCUCAGGCUUAUGAUGCUAGAUUAUUUGCAUCCUCCUGCAAUAAGAUUUCUUUGCCCUGCCUUGUCAAAUCUGAUACCUUCAAUUACUUUAAUAGCUGGGAUACAGAGAAUAUGGAAACCAGAAGUUUAUAUUAACUUUUUUAUGAUACUUUAUUUUUAUUACAUGUCAUGUAAUAUUAAUGCAACGAAUACAGAGCAACGUGGCCCAUUGAUUUAACUCAAGGAAAAUAAUGAUGUUCUCCUCUUACCUCCUACUUUCUCCCUUCCUCUCUACCUCUCCCUUUUUUUCUUGCUUUCUUUUUUAGUUUUUGAUGUAACAUUUUUAAUUAGCAUUAUAGUCAAAUGUUUAAUAUUUCACUAAAUAAAGAAAUCAACAAGUUAAAAAUAAAGGCCUUAGUUCAGUGGUAAUAUAGGCAAGGUCAAUACACAAUAACCAAAUGGAAAAAUUUCAAUUCACCCAUAUCCAGUAAAUUUAAAAUAAUCACACAUCAUUAAACCUAAAGUAAUAUAACAUUCUCAACAAUUGUGUUGACAUACGUGUAAAACAAAGUUUGACAAAAAUAUAUUUUUAGCAAUUGAAAAUUUUUUUGUUAAUAUCUCUUUUUUGUUUUCUGUUUUUUUAAUUUUUUUAAUUUUAGCUCUCACAUAAAAGGGUGAACAUGCAGUAUUUGUCUUUUUUUGUCAACAUGAUGUCUUCCAGUUACAUUCAUUUUGAUGCAAAUGGUAAAAUUUCAUUCUUAUUUUAUAGCCGAAUAAUAUUCCAUUUUAUAUAUAUAUAUAUAUAUAUAUAUCACAUUUUCCUUAUUUCCUUUAUCUAUUUGUAUGAUGAUGGACACUUUGGUUGAUUCUAUAUUUUGGUUAUGUGAACAAUGCUGCCACAAAUAUGGUGGUGAAGGUAUCUCUUUGAUAAAACACGAUCAUAUCUUUUAAGUAUAUACCCAGUACUGGGAUUGCUAUAUCAUCAGGCAAGUCUAUUUCUAGUUAUUUUUUUAAUUAAGUAAAUCUCCAUACUGUUUUCCAUAGUAUCUGCACUAAUUUACAUCCCCACCAGCAGUGUAUAAGUGUCCCUGUUUCUCUACAUUCUCGCCAGCAUUUGUUACUCUCUGAGUUUUGGAUAAUAGCCAUUCUGACAUGGGUGAGGUGAUAUCAUGGUUUUAAUUUGCAUUUCUGUGAUGGAUAGUGAUAUUGAGCAUUGUUUCACAUUUUUUGGCCAUUUCUAUUUCUUUUUUGACAACUACCUAUUGAGGUGCUUUGUCCACUUUGUAACUAGAGUGAUUGCUUUUUUGUUGUUGAGUUUUUUGAUUGGCUGAAAUAUACUGGAUAUUAAUCCUUUAAUUUCUCAUUCUGUUGGAUGUGUCAUUACUCUUUUGAUCAUUUCCUUUGCUGUCCAAAAUCUUCUGAGUUUGGUAUAAUUCCAUUUGUUUAGUUUGGUUUGGAAUUGCCUGUGCUUUAGGGAUCUUAUCCAAGUCAUCACCUUUACCGGUGUCUUGGAGUGUUUCCCUCUACAUUUUCUUCUAGCAGCUUUGUAGUUCAGGUUUUAAAUUUAAGUGUUUGUUGCAUCUUGAGUGAUUUUUUUAUAUUGUGAGGUAUAGAUCUAAUGUCUCUCUUCUACAUAUAUUAACUAUUGCUUGUUGUCUUGCCUCAAAAACACAGAAAUGGAGACAGAUGGAAUGACAAGCCAAGCAUUACUUACAAGAAUUUUUAAAAUCUAUUCUGGAGAAAGCAGGUAAAUGCAAAAUGUGUUCACUUCAUCUUAAGGGCUGUUAACCACAGCCUUUGGACCCUGAACACAGAAGGCAAGCAAACAUGGAGAAAAAAGAGUAUGAAUUAUGACCCUGAGAGGAUGUACUAUUUAAAUAUUCUUACAGCAGUCUUCGAUGCAGCAAAAUUAUUUUUGGCAAUAAUUGCUAAUGAAACUAAUUAUGACAAACAUUUCCAGAAAAAGUACAUAAUGAAUAUUUUCUCUUAUUACUUUUUGAAUAAAUAAUCCCCAAGUAUAAAGCAAAAUGUAAAACAAUUAAUAAAGUAUAAAAGAGUAGAAAAGAAAUGUUUGUGUCCUUUAACUUUAUUAAUGCAUUUUUAAAAGAUGAGAAAUAUCUGUGUAUCCAUUAUUCUGAAUAAGGAAGCUCUACAUGCACUAUCAAAGCCAAAUUCAAGUCUAUUUCUUUUCUUUUUGAAGUAUAUUAUACAAGUUCAUUAAUGAUUUUUUUCAAAAUAGAACCUCUUUGCAAUUUUAUAGUCAGAUGCAUAAUCUAUAUUUACUCAUAGGUGAAUAAAGUAGUUUGUCUUAAUUUUGAGACAUUUAUCCACAUAAAGCAAAAAAUUUACCCAUAGUUAGGAAAAUAUUUAUAUAUGACAAAACACCGAGCAAAAAUCAUAAAAAUUCUGUUAUACAUUAAAUUCCAAAAAAAUAAUAGUUUUCAUUUGUUUAUUCCUUCAAGAUUGAUUCUUACAGUUUUUAAGUAUUUCAGCAGUCAAAAACUUUAAAUACAAACACACUAAUUAAUCAAACUAGAAUGAAAGAAUUGGUAUAUUUUUUCAUUUUUAUUAUCUAUUUCAUAGUCAUCUUUAUAUCAAAUAUACUGCAAGUACCAUGUAGAUUGAAGACAAAAGUCAAAUAAUAGUGAACUUUAUUGUGAAAAUUAUACCUGGCUAGCCCAUCUAUGUCAGAGAAAAUUAUAUAACUAGAAAUUUUGUCUAUUAAUUUCCAUGCAGGAUGCCAUGUUUACUAAGGGAAAAUUAAUACAAACAUGCUAAUAAGAAGUCUUCUUUGUAUGUUUCUAAGUAUAUCAUUUAAUAUCAUUCUAUAUAUUCUUUAACAUCUGCAUUCUGAAAACCCAACAAUAAUGGCAGAUGUAAGGAGUGGAGCCUUAGAAGAGAAGAGAUGUGUCUUCCUUCUUGCUCAAGUCUGAUAAUCCUAUUUGGUGGGUUCCAUUCAGUCUGAAAGCACUGCUGAUAAAGCCCUGGGGAAUUUUACAAAUUCCAUGCUUAGAAAACCUUCUGCUCAACAAUAUACCAGAAGAAGUGGAGAUGAGAAACCAUGUGCCCAUACCCAUAAAAACCCCUGUCUGAAUGCAACUGGUGCUCUCCUUUCUAUGGGGAGAUUCCUGCCUUGCCUGUCAAGUGUAUUCCUUUCAAUAGACUUUGUUGACAUGCUUGCUGCCAAUCUCUGUCUCAUGUCUGAAAUUCUAUUCUUGUGAGAAGACAGGAAUUUCUGCUCCAGACAUCUUUGUUAACAUAUUUUUGUCAGAACUAGUCAGGUGAGAGCAAGAGUGGUGAUAAAUCCAAACAAUCUCACUUAGGCACUUGAGGAAUGUUCCAUGUCUAGUCUACUUUUAUCUUUCUCCCACCUUGUCUACUUUGCUCCAAUGGCAGCCAGACACACAUGCAGACAUGGUGCAAGCAGUUGAAUGUCAUUAAGAUAAUCAGAGCAAGAAGAGUUUAGUGGUAGGAUGAGGUGAGAGGGAAUGGAGAAGAUUGCAUUAGACACCCUGGCAGCCCCAAGACAAUGUCCAUUCUUCAUAGACAAACCAUGAAACCACACACCUGCCUAUUCCUUGUAUCCAGUCUCAUCAGGAAUUUUUAAACAAGAGACCAAGUACAACUCACUCUCAAACUCACUACCUACAGACUCUUGGCCCUCCUAGUCUUGUUUGUGACCUGCCCAGUGUUUGUUUGCUAAUCCACUUUCUUCAUCUUAAAUGCUGGGGGUGGGAAGUGGAUGUUGCAUUUAUUUGGCAGUUGAGACCUAGUUUCUAAUCUCAGUUGGUUCUGAGAACUUUACUUAUUACUUCCCAUUAAAAGAUACCACAUCCCUCAUUUCUGCUGCCUCAUUUUCUACCAUUUUAUAAAAAGCACUGGCAACAACUGGUCUUCAGAUGGUUCAUCUUAAACUGAAAUUUUACCACCACCCAGACCCACUACAGGGACAUGCUUUCCAACUGUCUCUUAAGUUUUAUUUUGUAGACUGGCAAUGGUAGGCCUCAUGACCCUUCUGUCCCAAAGGGUUCCUUUUUUGCUUGUUUGUUUGUUUCCACUAAAUUAUGGAAUUUACAGGGCUAGUGUUGUAGCAUAGAAGAUUAAGAUUCCACCUACAGUACUGGCAUCUCAUAUGGGCACCAGUUCAAAUCCCAGCUGCUCUACUUCUGAUCCAGCUCCCUGCUAAUGCACCUGGGAAAUCAAAGGAGGAUGGCUCAACAACUUGGGGCUCUGAACUCAUGUGGGAGAACCAGAAAACGCUCCUGCCUCCUUGCUUUGGAACUGCAGUCAUUUGAGAAGUGAACCAACGGGUGGAUGAUCUCUCUCUCUCUCUCUCUCUCUCUCUUGCUCUCACUCUCACUCACUCUCUCUGUCUUUCAAAUAAAUUAAUUAAUCUUAAAAAAUUAUGGAAGUUUUUCUGCCAACCUAUUAAAUCACUCUAUUCUAUAGUUGGGACCAAUAUAUGCCUCCUCUUCUUUUAGCUUCAGUGGCCUGAAAGGAUGGAAUAGUUUGUGAAACCAUGCUGUAGUUUCAAAAGGCUGUAAAUUACAAUUGGGACCAUGUCUUCUACAUUUCCAAUUCUCUGGAAAUAUUUGCAGUUAAGUCUAUGGAUCUAUUUCUUUUACUUAAAACAGUGUUGGUUCUAUACUUAAAUCAUUUGUCUUUUAGGCUUAAAGAUUUUCCUGAAAUUUAUAGAGUUUGCAACACUUUGGUAAAACAAUAAUGUAAACCAAUAGAAAAAAUUAAAAAGUACCUGCUUUUUAAUUUUUUCUAUUGGUUUACAUUGCUGUUUUAUUCUUAGGUGUUUAAAUUUUAACUGAAAAGUGAUCUCUGUUAAAUAUAAGAGUGGGAAUAAGGGAGGGAGGAGAUGUACAAUUUGGGAAAUGCUCAAUCGGACUUGCCCCAAAUGGUGGAGUUAGAAACGUGCCAGGGGAUUCCAAUACAAUCCCAUCAAGGUGGCAUGUACCAAUGCCAUCUCACUAGUCCAAGUGAUCAAUUUCAGUUCACAAUUGAUCACACUGAUAGGUCUAAGAGUCAAAGGGAUCACACGAACAAGACUAGUGUCUGCUAAUACUAACUGAUAGAAUAAAAAAGGGAGAGAACGAUCCAUCAUGGGAAGUGGGCUACACAGCAGACUCAUAGAAUGGAGAUGUCCUAAACAACACUCUGGCCUCAGAAUCAGCCCUUAAUGCACUCAGAUCUGGCUGAAGAGCCCAUGAGAUUAUUUUAGGCAUGGAAAGCCAAGACACUCUGGCAAUGAAAAACAAACAAACAAACAAACAAACAAAAAUGA